AUGUUCAAUUCCAACAAAAACAUGGAUAAACCUAAAGCAAACAAGUCUAUAUGGUAGCAAACUAAUAAUUUGUCCUCUAAAAUGGAUGCUUAAAAUUAAAAUGGAGGCUCUUGUGGGAUUAUCUAGUAAACAAACUCUACACUUAAUCUUGUUACAAAAAACAAUUUAGAUAUUCCUUAGAAGUAUGAAUAAAUAGACCUAAAGGAUAUAGGUAAAAUAUAAUUACAAAGGACAGCUGAAGAUGAUGAGUUUAGUCAAAUUUUAAAAUGUGGAAAAUAAAAUAAGGUAGACAUUUUCUAAGGAAGUAAAGAACUUUUUAAAAAUCGAACUUGGAAUUUGAAUAGCAAUAAUUCAAUAUAUCCUCAUCAAAAAAUUUCGAAUGAUAAAAAUACAUGCAAUUUAGAUGAAUAGAAUCCCUUUUUGACUGUAAGGAAUAUUAAUCUUAAUCAAAAUACUUAUAAUUUAGAUCAUAGACUUCAUUAAAAUUAUGUAAAAGAAUAGAGUAGCGAUUAACAAAAUACUGAUUAUAUAAAAACUAUAGAUAGAAGCAUUGAUCCAUUUUUUUCAUCAGCUUAAUAUCUAGCUUAGCUUAACCAAAAUAUUGAAAAUGGACAAAUGAAAUUUGAAAAAUCUUUAAAAAGUAGUGCAAAAAAGACAGAUUUUACUGUGUUAUAAUUUAGUAGCAAAUUUAGCACAGCUCAGAAUCAUUCUCCUGAAUUUGGAAAUACUGAACUUUCUUUUAAAAAUAAAAAAAAUAAUGAUUAGUUAAAAAGGAAUUUAGCCUUACAAGAUUUUGACAUUAAUAAAUUAACUUUAGAGCAAUUUAGUGCUUACUAAUUUUCAAGAAACCCUUUUUUAUCUAAAGAUUCUAUCAACUUUGAACAAAGCUCAUUAAUAAAAAAAGCAAUUCCAAUAGAAAAAUGCUUAAGUUAUAAAUUUCUGUGUGAACCUUGUUUUGAAUUAGCAAACAAUUUGUCUUAAGAUUCCAUUUAGAGUGUUUAAAAUGAAUAGACCAUUAAAAGUAAAAGCAAAUAUCAUAAAAUAUAAAAAUCAGUUAACUAAAUCGCUGAUUGUUAGACAACAGAAAAAAAACUAAUUUAUGAGAGUGACUAAAACGAUGAAGAAUAAAACUAUUAUUAAAAAAUUUAAUCUAUAAGAUCCAAGUUAAGCUGCUUUUGCUAAAAUGGUAUGGUUGGAGAAGAAGAAUUUUUCAAAAAACUAGAAGAAAUUCACUUGAGUAAAAUUGUAAAACGAACUGAUAUUAGUAACUACUACAGAUUCCUUGUUUGGAGAUUAUCUUUUAAACAAAAGCUUUCUAUAGAGUCUCUGUACUAUCAUCUUGAGAAAAGAAUAUACAUGUAGAAAAAAUUAAACUUUUAACCUUUUCUUGAGAAAUAUUUAUCUUUUUUGGAGAUUCAAAACAAGUAGAAAUAAACUGAUUAAAUUGCAAAUAAUAAAAUUCAACAGGAAUAUGCCUAAAUUCAAGAUAAUUUAAAAUUAAAUUCAAUAGAAAUCAAAUAGUUUUAUAAUUACCCCAACCAAAUAAUCUUACUUAUAGGAGAAAUCCUAGAAACAAGUAGACAUUAUGUAAUAGAGUUUACUGAUGCUUGGUCUUCACUAUAUUUUAUAAUCAAUAAAUCUCUUAAUAUUAAAGAGCAACCUUAUCACCAUAAAAGCUUAAGCCUAAGCAGCUAGGAUGAAUAAAAAGGAAAAAAUAUAGGAUAUAAGAAAAAUACUCUGAAAAUGACUAAUUAAUAGCUUUUUGAAGAUUUAAUCUAAAGAAAAAAAAUAAAACCACAAACAAAAGUUAGGAUAUCUAAUUUAUAAUUUCUCUUUUAGUAAAAAAUAAAAAUAUAAUAAGAUUGCGGAGAAAUAAGGGAAUUCGAUCAUUUAAUUUAAAUACCUUUUAACUCAUUUUAAAAAGAGAAAAAUAAAUAAACUAAAUUAGGGUAUUUUAAUAAGCCUUUUUUAAGAUCGCUCUCAUCAAUUAAGCCAAAGGGAGAACAGAUUUCUACAUUAGAUUUAGUGAUACUUAAAAAAUAUCCUCUGCUUGUUUAAUAUCACUUAAAAUAGCAAAAAAAAACUAUUAAUUUUUGUGAAGCAGUUAAUAGCUCAGUUAUUAAUAAAGCUAAUUCCAACGACUUUUUUUAUGCUAAAUACUUAGUGUGUGAUUCUUUAUUCAUUUAUGAUUAAUCUUAACCUAUUUCCAAUUAACCUUAAACUGAGCUGAUAAUCUAAUUUGCUGAUUCUAAUUCAUACUCAGAAAUGAGAGAAGGGACUAGAAUUAGAGUUAGAAAUGCAUAUUGUACUUUUUAUGACAUUUAAAAUCAUUAUCUUAGCGGAUAUACAAUAACAUUGAAAGCUGAAUAUAAAAAUGUUAUGCAUUAAGAGCGCUUCUUGACUAAGUAAGAUUUUUCACGAAGCAAAUAAUUUUAUUAAUCUGCAGUAAAAGCAUUCGCUUAAAGCAAAACCAUUGAAGACUAUUCUAAAUUCUGUAAUUUAAACUAUUUAGAAACCUUAGAUUUUGACUUAUCUAUUUCCUAUAGGAGCUAUUCUUAAAAUAAUAACAGUAUAAUAGGAGAAAUUAGUUACUAUGGAUAACCAUGUGAAUGCGAAAUAAUUACACAUAAUUCAUUUUUUAAAACAAAACUGUUAAGCUUCGAAAAAUACUAAACUCUAAGAUUAUUAAAUGUUCAUUUGAAAUGUUAUGAAGUAAACAAAAAGAAAUUUAUAUUUAAAACAUCUUACAAUACAUUUAUUCAAUGUUGA